GAAAUAUACAUUCUCAGUUUCACAGCAAAGGGUAAGCAUUCAGAAUGGAAGGAGGACAGCUUCUCCAAUUUGACAUGAAAGGAUCAAGAUGCCACUCUGGCAAAAGGCUGGCUGUAACCCUGGAGAAGAUCAGAUUUGUACAGCUACAAAGGAAAUAUGCACUGAAAAUCUGGCUGAAGCAAGGAAUCCAAGGAAAGCGGGGGAGAACUCUACAGUAGCAAAAGAAGUUAAAUCAAGAGAGACAGCAAAGCCACUGGUCUUUCGGCUACAAGACAGCGUUCCCAACUUAGUCCGGGAAGUUUUAUUGGAACGUGGCUGGAUUGAAUAUGAUGAACAUGAGCAAGAUCAUGAAGACUGGAACCUCUACUGGCGGAACCACCCUUUUCGGAUGAUAGACCACCGGAACAUUAAACCAUGGCAAAGACUCAAUCACCAUCCAGAAACCAUCAGGAUCACCAGGAAGGAUUAUCUAGCAAGACAUCUCAAACGUAUGAAGGGAAUUUAUGGAACAAACCUUUAUGAGUUCAGUCCACCUGCCUUCAUCAUGCCAAAUGACUACAUUAAGUUUAUAACUGAAUACACCAAGGAGAGGCAAAUACCAGGGAAAAAGCUGAGCUACUGGAUAUGCAAACCUGUCGACCGGUCUCGUGGUAGGGGCAUACUCAUUUUUCAAGACAUUAAAGACUUCAUCUAUGACUGCAUGAUCAUAGUGCAGAAAUACAUCAGCAACCCUUUGCUUAUUUCUGGAUACAAGUGGGAUCUCCGGCUUUAUGUCUGUGUCACAAGCUUUUGUCCCCUCACUAUUUACACCUAUGAAGAAGGGCUGGUGAGGUUUGCAACAGAAAGAUUUGACCUUGAGUCCUUAGACAACAUCUAUGCCCAUUUGACAAACACAAGCAUCAAUAAAUUUGGACCCUCGUACAGAAAGGAGAAAGAUGUAAUUGGCUCCGGUUGCAAAUGGACUUUCAGCCGGUUCCGAGCCUACCUACGUAGCUGUCACAUGGAUGACCUGCUUCUCUGGAAGAGGAUUAAUCACAUUGUCACACUGACUUUGCUUGCCAUCACCCCUUCAGUCCCAUUUACCUCUAAUAGCUUUGAGCUCUUUGGGUUCGAUAUUCUUGUGGAUGACAAGAUGAAACCCUGGCUUCUAGAAGUGAAUCACAGCCCAGCUUUGCGUCUAGACUGUGCCACUGAUGCCAUUGUGAAGAGAAGGCUGCUCCAUGACAUUAUUGAAUUGCUAAACUAUAAGGAAGAGGAUGCUAUGAGGAGAAAACAGGGACCAGAUCGGAAAGUUUCAUGCUUUGGCCGAACACAAUCUUUACUGAAUACCCAGGCAGAUGUCUCGCUGGAUUUCCUGGCUUGUGCAAAAGGAUCCAAGUCAGCCACUACUUCUCCUUCCCCAUCAUUCUUACAAGUUCAUAAAAAAAGCCCAACUGGCAGAACCAGCAGUGCUUACCCCAAGAAAACCUUAACUUCUCAGUUACGUGAAAAGAUGAACAUGCCAAAAAUGCCCCUCCAAUCAAAGCCAUCAUUUCAAAGCAAACAGAUGCUAAGAACUGAUUAUUCCUUAUGUAAGCCAGCUCCUUCUACCCACUGGUUUAAUUCAACUGAGCUCUAUACGAACAAGCCAUCUAUCCCGCCAUAUUUUCUCUCAGACAAGGACAAAAGGCCAUUUCCUCGAGUAGGUGACUUUGUACUUAUAUUUCCUUUCAACGAUGCAGCCCUUGAAGCAUCUAGGGAUGGCAUCAAUGUCAGAAGUGUCAUUCAAGAAAUUCACAAAUUAGUGAGCAAAGAAUUGCAACCAAAACACCAGAAAUUAAAUAAAAGCUUAUUUAACCUAUAGAUAAAUGGGCUGAGCAAUCCUCCUCCGUUUUCAACAGGGGGGCAAUACACUGCACAAUAUAUACCAUGUUCUGUAUAAAGGCAAGCAAAGUGUGGCACACUAGAUGUUGUGGGAUUGCAUCUCCCAUCAUUUAUUGUGUAUGUUAUGCUAGUUAAAAUGAUGGAAAUUGCAGGCUGCACUAUCUAAGGAACUGGCACCCCUGCCCUAUGCACGUCAAAAAUAAGUUCUACUACAAGCAGAAAUGGAAGUAAGGAUGACCUGGUUCAUCCUUGCUGAACAGAGUACAAACACAACACACACAAAAUAAACCACUAUCAUUGUCACAACAAAGUGAGGAGCAGGUUUGCCUUGUGGGACAUUUGUGUGUUUGUGAGACCAAUUAUUGUGCAUCUUGUGCAACCCUAAAACUAUGAUGAAUGCUAGCUUCUUGCAUGGGCUUUUAAAAAGUAGAUAUAUUAGAUGGGUUGUUUGUAUCUUCAUGAACAAUCAGCUUAUUCUUUUGUGCUUAGUAUCAAGAAUUUGGCCAAAACCAAUGUUUUACCAGUCCAAAUAUAUAAAGAAGAGGACAGACCUGGCAUAGGUCUUUAAAAUAUGAGAAGAUAAAAUGUGUGAUCUCAUGAUAGCAAGAUGAAGCAGGUUACAAGCCAUGAUGGGGAUGUCCAAUCUUCAGGCUUAGAAGGAAGGUACCUCCAAAUGCCAGAUGCAGUGGAGGGGUAUCAGGAUACAGGUAUCCAGUUGUCUCAUGUGCUCCCAGAGGCAUUUGGUGGGGCCACUGUGAGAUACAGGAAGCUGGACUAGAUGGGUCCUUGUCCUGAUCCAGCAGGGCUCUUCUUGUGUAACUAAAAUUAAUGUGCCACAUUUACUGGGGGAGAUGUUCAUUUAACUGUCUAAUUUCACCCAUCCACAACAUUGAACACUUCAGAUAAGUCAUUUAACCCUCACACCACUCCAGCAAACAAAGAAAAAG